AUGUCCGGAGAGGUCAAACACAAACACAAGUAUACGCUAUACACCUACUUCCGGUCGUCAUGCUCAGCGCGGAUCCGCAUCGCCGCGCACAUCAAGGGAAUCCCACUCGAAUACAGAUACAUCCACCUGGUCAAGGGCGAGCAGCACGGCUCAGAGUACACGGCCUUGAACCCGAGUGAGUCGGUGCCCACGCUGAUCGUGACGGACGCGAAGUCAGGAGACAUCGUAACCAAGAUCCGGCAGUCGAUUGCGAUUCUUGAAUACCUCGAAGAGACCACACCGGACCUACCGAGACUGAUACCCGGUAUCGGAGACGCCGUUGGACGUGCCAGGGUGAGAGAGUUGGUGGACAUUGUGGCCUGCGACAUUCAACCCGUCACGAACCUCCGAGUGUUGAGGUUCAUCGAGCCUCUCGACGUCGAGGCCCAGGUGUGGCAAUCUCAUUUCAUGACACUAGGCUUCUAUGCGUAUGAGGGCCUCCUGAGAGAAUCCGCCGGGAUGUAUAGUGUCGGCGACGAGUUGACCAUUGCGGACUGUGUGCUGGCGCCGGCGGUCGAUGGCGCUCUCAGGUUUGGAGUCGACAUCAAGGGGCAAUUUCCGCAGACUUGGAAAGUCUGGGAGAAUUUGAAUGAGGUGGAGGCUUUCAAGGAAGGCAGGUGGGAUAAUCAGGAAGACACGCCUGAGGAGUUGAGAGCAAAGGCAGCAUGA